GACACACAGACAGACACACAGACGCUCGUCCCCAGACUCUACAGAACACAGCCAUGUCCUCCUCCUCUCUUCUGUGGUGCCUGCUGGUGGUGUGUGUUCUGACUGUGGUCCAGCUCUAUGCAGCAGAAGAACGUAAGGUCCUCAAGGUGUUCAACCUCAGAGCCAGUGACCUGAACAGCGGCUUGUUCCAGACCCCUGAUGGCUACGUCAAGGUGUUCAGUGGCGCCGGCUACGGUGGGAAGACAGAGGUAAAGACCGACAACCAUGACCCCUGGUGGAAGGAGGACUUCAACUUCUUCAACGUCCGUGAGAACGACCCACUGAGGCUGGAGGUGUACGACUCCGACGUGCUCUUCGACGACCUGCUGGGGACCUGCGAGCGCUCCAUCAAGAACGGAACUUGGCAACAUAGCUGCUCCAUCAAGAGGGGAGGGACGCUGUAUUACUCCUACACCCUAGAGCCUCUACAGUAGACCCUGUACUACUCCUACACCCUAGAGCCCCUACAGUAGACCCUGUACUACUCCUACACCCUAGAGCCUCUACAGUAGACCCUGUACUACUCCUACACCCUAGAGCCUCUACAGUAGACCCUGUACUACUCCUACACCCUAGAGCCUCUACAGUAGACCCUGUACUACUCCUACACCCUAGAGCCUCUACAGUAGACCCUGUACUACUCCUACACCCUAGAGCCUCUACAGUUGACCCUGUACUACUCCUACACCCUAGUUCCUCUACAGUAGACCCUGCACUACUCCUACACCCUAGAGCCUCUACAGUAGACCCUGCACUACUCCUACACCCUAGAGCCUCUACAAUAGACCCUGCACUACUCCUACACCCUAGAGACUCUACAGUAGACCCUGCCCUGCACUACUCCUACACCCUAGAGCCUCUGCAGUAGACCCUGUACUACUCCUACACCCUAGAGCCUCUACAGUAGACCCUGUACUACUCCUACACCCUAGAGCCUCUACAGUAGACCCUGUACUACUCCUACACCCUAGAGCCUCUACAGUAGACCCUGUACUACUCCUACACCCCAAGCCUAGAGUAAUGUCCCACUUCUCAUCCACAGCAAUCUGUCAAAACUCUGACCUCACUCUGAUUCCAAACACCCUCAACACCAGCGUUUCCCAAUCCCGGUCCUGGGCACUAACACAUCUGUUUCAACUAAAGGCUUGAUGAUGACUUGAUUAGUUGAAUCAAGUGUGUUAGUGGAGUGCUCGGGCAAAACCCAAAACGUGCUCCUCUUUUUGAGUCCCCUAGACACAGCUUUAAAAUGUGUUCUGAAUCACAACAGACACACGUACCUAGUCCCCCCCCCCCCCACUCCUCACUCUGAUCUCAUGGUCCUCACUUUAGACAUCAAUAAAACAACUGUAUUUCAGCAUAAUGGUCGCAGUUUAGACAUCAAUAAAACAACUGUU